AAACCUACUCUCUUCGUUUCUGACAACUCUCCUCUACUUCUUCUCGGUUCUUCUCUUCUCUCUACGUCCUUUUCCUCACUCCCCUCGUCAUCAGGGGUUCAAGCGUGCCGUGAAGUGGCCAGGACGUGAGGAGGGCUCCUGCUCCCUUCAUCGCUAUUUUAUCCUUUACAACCGUCCACUUCUAUUGAGAGCGCGUUUAUCUGAAGGUCACAAUGAAGUCUGGCUCAAUGACCUGGGAUGAUGUGGGCGUGACAAUCCAGGGGCUCCUCUUUCUUGGGUGCCUCUGUUGGAGGUUUUCGGAGUACAUCCAAAACCUCCUGCCACUCGCCCACAUCGUGGCCAAAGUGGUCAAAUUCGCCUUUCUUGGGCCGACGCUGCUCUCGUUGGACUGCGUCAUGAUCACGGUGUCGGAACUGGCCUCGAUUCGUCGCGACACGCAGCUUACCAUCAAAUUCGAAAGCCUGGUUACCAGGCUACGAAUGAGACUGGAGCAGACAACAUGCGUGCGGGCAAUCGCCGCGAUGUAUAACUUUGUCCUUCCCCCGUCCCACGUGCCGCCAAUCUUGCGGGUUCUUUGUGGUUUGUUCGUCUGCGUCUGCAUAUAUCCCCUCGCCCUGUACUUGGCGUAUUACGCCUGUGGGCUGAGUGAGGGUAUCUUGUCAAAGCAUGCAGAACUGUCGCUACGUUGCAUGGAAAUUUAUUCCACGUACGACAGCCUUCCAUACUGGACCCGCCGACAGCGGAUGGAGACUUCGUUUUGCUUCGGGGAAGAAGCUGGUCUCGAGUUGCAGGCUUGCCUGCAGGACAUCGCCAAUGCCGUAAUCAGCUUCAUGGAGAACUCCCUCAUGUCGACGCCUGCUUUGGCCUUUGUCGUUUUCUGCCUCGCCUGUCUCUUCUCCCUGUUCCAUUCUGUCUGGACAGCCAAGCCAAACCCCUCUGCUUCAACAGCCAUCGAACCGAGUCUGUAUGCGGUACGGGCCGCAGAGAUUUCUGCUCUGCGGUCCGCCAAGUAUAAACUCGGGGUCCAGGUGGCCCAGUUGAAUCGAGAAUUGAAGACGGCAUAUGACCGGCUGACCCAUGCCAAUGUCAAAUACGCGGCAAUGCUCGACAAAGCCAACAAGGCAGACGCGUCCUGGAUGUCUCUUGUCAAGAUCAACGCAGGGCUCCGAACCAAUGUAAAUUGGCUCGAAGAGCGCCUGUCCAAGGCCCAAGACGACGCGGUACAGACGCUGACCGACCAAGUGGCGCGACUCACGCAGCAGCUCGCCAACAGCCAGGAGGGCGUCGACAGCGCCAACAGUGAGCUUGGCUCACUCAGGAACACUCUCCAGGCCCAGGCAGAGCAACUGGCAGCCACAGAGAAGCGUCUGCAAGAGACCCAGGACACAGCUGAGAAGGCUUCCCGGGAAGUCCAAACACUUGCCGCCGCCAAGAUUACCGAUCUCACCUCCCAGUACGACAACCUCAGGUUGUCAUACGACAAUAUGGUCGAGAGACUCUCUAUCCUGGAAUCAGUCAGGCAGGAGCGAGAUGACGCCGCGGCACGGGUCAUCGCCCUCCAGAGAGAGCUGGAGUCGACUAAGCAGAUCGCGGACGAGGCGUACAAGCAGUGGGUGCGCGCCAUAGAGGCUGCACAGGAGAGGGAACGGGCUCUCAGCCAGCAUUUCCAGGCGGUCCAGAGCGCCUUCGAAGAGCAAUGCCGCGCUGGUCAAGAAAAGGCGGUUGCCGACGCCAUGUCCCAGGCGAAGGCAUCUGCCACCAUGGCAUUCCAGGCGGAGCGGGAGGAGCUCCGUCGGCAACUCAAGAAGGCGCUCUUGGAUGCGCAGACGGGCCAGCAACAGGCCCAGAAUCUGAAAGAGGAGGUCGAAAACCUCCAGCUUGAUCUGGCUCGUUUCGGGGUCUCCUUCGGGAGCAGCCAAUCCAUCCCCGAACGCAAGGCAGCCAAUCCGUCCUCGACCCUAGUCCGAGGCAGCAUCAAAACUGCCCUCGAAGACCGGGACGUCAAAAUCCAAGCCCUCGAGCACGAAGUCGAGGAGCUUCGGAAGAAGUCCCGCGAGGGACUGACGGAUACGCGGCUGAAGGCUGUGGCCGACAAGCUGGGGAAGGACCUGAAGGAGGAGAAGGCCGCUCGAACCAACGACCAACUCCGCUGGCACAAGCAGCUCCAGGAGCUACAAGAAGAGAACCGGAAGCUCCGGAUUUCUCUUUCCAAUGCGGAGUCGGCUCUUGGUCGUCGACGGACCUCUAAAUGAGGCCGGGCAAGACGAGCUGGCUUAUGAUUCUCGUGGGGUCGAUCCUAUUCCUACGCGCAAAUCUAGGUGAAUUCCUAGA